CUCCGACAGUCACUGGGUAAUGCAGCCGGAAUUGUUUCUAUUGCUCCGCGAAUACUGUUCUCUCGUACCAGCAAGAUCACUCUCUAUCAGCAAUGAUGUUUCUUUCUCGGAGCUCAAUAAAUUCUUGGUCAAGAUAAUUCUGUUAAACCCACACCUCCAGAGAUUUCCUCCGGCCGAACAAUAUCAAAAAUCGUUCUGGAAGGCCUUGAUCUCUCAUCUUGAACAACUUCAACGCACUUCGGACGAUGACGAUGAAAUUGACGAUCGUAUACUCGAACGUUAUCUAUCACUCUUGCCUCCCGCGCUACCGGUGUCUGGAUCAUCUCAUGCCAGCAUCCGUGGCGAGAUAUGUGGCUUAGGACUCCCUCUCCGACCACCACCAAACAAAUCCUUCGUUACGCACUUUUGGAAACCAAUCAUAUCUGACACAGGCAGCGUUCGCGCCGUCGAUGUGUCUCAAUAUCAGACCACCACUCUUCACGAAUCGCGGACCAUCAUCGAGAGUGGAACAACCGGCCUUCGCACGUGGAGCGCAAGUCUUCAUCUUGCAGAGUACAUUAUCAUUCAUUCUGAUCUAAUACGGAAGAAAAGAAUUCUGGAACUGGGAUCCGGAAUUGGCUUCCUUGGAAUUAUCGUUGCUACCGUGCAACGUCUACUCCAGCAACCCAUGCCGAUAUGGUUGACGGACGGUAACGAAGUUGUCCUCGCUCAGUGCCGGAAAAACGUUUCUUUGGACUGCAAUCUUUCAUCGUCGCAUCCCGACGUUCAUUACGGGAAUCUUGACUGGUUUGACGCACUGGAAAAUGACCCUCGCCUAGAUGGUUUUAUUAAAGAAUGCGAUCCAGACCUUGUGUUGGGGGCAGACAUUGUCUUCGAUCCGACACUUAUUGAGCCUCUCGUGGCACUUCUAUCACAGCUUCUUCGACGCAAGGACCGAGGAAGAAUGUCAAUUAUAGCCCUUACCGUUCGAAAGGAGGAAACGUAUCGGGGUUUCUUAACCGCUGUCCAAGAACGCGGCAUGACUGUGGAGGAACUUUCCUUCGAAAGGAAUAGCGAGAUGUUCAUCGAAACUAUUGAGGGUCAAGCUGCUCGGGAUGUCCGGAUCCUAAAAUUAACACCGAAAUACAAGGUUUGCAAAGAUUUAUAGCUACAGUGAAAUCCAAAUACAUCUGCCGAGAUGCGGGUACAUAUAUGCAAAAGAAUAGAAAUGA